AUGACCCAACAGGAGACUCAGACGUUUGAAGAUCAGCCGGCGCUUAUACAGUGCCUUCCUCAAUUAAACAACCUUCGUGAGGCCGGCAAACUGGCCGAUUUGACGAUAAAACUACAGAAUAACGUCAAGGUGCAUGCACAUAGGCUUGUUUUGGCUUCCCGGGUGCCAGCGUUGUGUGACACCCUGUGUGAAAAACCGACGAACGGUCAGGAUUUCGUGCUCAAGUGGCCACAAAUUUCUCCUGAAGUCGCUACAUCCUUCAUAGACUAUAUAUACACUGGCAAACUUGAAGUCCACGAAUCAAAUGUGGCUGGUCUGAUUAUGCUGUCACUGCAACUCGAACUGCCUCAAGUGGAACAAUGGGCAGCGCGUUUUAUGGCCGCCAGGCUGGAUUCCGAAAACAUAGCAAAUAAAUGGGAGCUUGCACAGCUUCUGAAAAGUAACAUGUUAAGAAAUGCCUGCCUACAGCAUAUCAAGGCAACCUUUGAGGCUACUGUUCCCGCUGAUUUUUUUAUCCAGUUACCAUUUGAAGCUGUUCUGUUCCUGUUGCGGGCGGAUGACCUUCAGGUGGACAGCGAAGAGAGUGUCCUGAAGGCGAUUGGACAGUGGAUAAGUCCACUCGGAAAAGAAGAUAAAACACGAUUGGGGCACGCGGAAGCAAUGAUGAAAGAAGUGCGGUGGUAUCAGGUUGCUGCCGACUUUCGAUACGGACUGCAUGAUGAUGACGAAGGUUUUUGGAAUAAAAAUUUGGCGUGCUCAUGGUAUAGACUGCCAGAUUUGAAAACAGCGAGGAAAUGUGCUGCCUCGGUUGCACUGCCAGACGGGCGCGUGUUUGUGAUGGGUGGUGAAGAACAAAAAUGGGAUCGCUCUGGCAGCUACUAUUCUGAAAAACUCUCCUCAGUGGAGACAUGCCAUCUCAAGGAGCCAGCAGACUGGCAAGGGCCGCCAAAAGCGUCGGGAGCCUUUUGGAAGGAUGCGACUGCCAUGCUAAAGCCACGUGCAGAGCAAACGGCCGUUGCAUUUAGGGACAGAAUUUUCGUUGCUGGCGGUAAAGGGUAUUCGAACGGAGUCGAUGUCUUCACGGUGCCCGACAACCAGCGGCCGUUGGGACAGUGGACGCACCUUGCUAACUGGGACACGGCGAGGACAACUACUGCUCUCAUCGUAUGUCAGAACAGACUCUUUUCUUUCGGCUGA